GGACCUGAGGGCCGCGGCUCGGCUGCUUCUUACGCCUCCGCUCUGCGGAGGCUCGGUCGCCGGGCCCGGGUGCGGCGGGGUCAGCGGCGGCCUCUCUCGGGGAGUCGGCGCCGGGGUUAACUUAACCGGCCGCCGAGAGGAGGAGGAGCCGGGCGGGGGCGGUCGACGCACCUCCCCUCCCCCAGCACACGCCGGGGCUUCUCAGAGGCCGCGGAGGAGGAAGUUCCGCUCUCUGACAGACCCGAGCGGUAGCAACAGCGGCCGCGGCUGGGAGGGCGCAGUGUCGCGCUGAGGCGGGAGACCCCUCCUCUCGGUUGGCCGACUUCCGAAGAGCCCCUUGUUUUUCAACCACUGAGAUUAAGAAAUUCUCCAAUCGAAGCAUCAGAGGAGCCUAAGUGAACCUUCUACAACUCUGGGAUCACGUCAGUCACCCUUUUGGGGCGGGAGACCACGCUGGAGCAUCUCCCUGAGGUGCAGGAAUGGAAGAGCCCACCUUGCAUCCUUUCUGCGGUGUUGCUUGCCUGAUCUACCCUUGGGAAUGAAGAGGAGACUUGUAGUCACCCGGUGAGGUACCGAAAGCCAGAUGGCAAAAGAAAAUAUCACAGGACUUAAAACUAGUGAUCGUUUUGGGGCCACACGCGUUUCUGCAUGUAAUUGAAUGAGCGUGAAAGAGGUGCCCUAUUGAAAAGCACAACAGUCCUUUAAGAGGAGAAAAACUGAAUUUCCCCAUUUUUGCCAAGAUUCCGAAGACUGUUCAAUGUAUCGUACGUUUGAUAUAAGAUGAGAACUUUAUAAAGUAUUUUGCCCGAGAGCUUAAACGAUGACUACCCCAGCGCUGCUACCCCUCUCUGGACGAAGGAUACCACCUCUGAACCUGGGGCCGCCUUCCUUCUCGCAUCACAGGGCUACCUUGAGACUUUCUGAGAAGUUCAUCCUCCUCCUUAUUCUAAGUGCCUUCAUCACCCUGUGUUUUGGAGCAUUCUUCUUUCUUCCAGACUCUUCAAAACACAAACGCUUUGAUCUGGGUUUGGAAGAUGUGUUAAUUCCUCAUGUAGAUGCCGGUAAAGGGGCGAAACACCCUGGAAUCUUCCUGAUCCAUGGACCAGAUGAGCAUAGACACAGGGAAGAAGAAGAACGUUUGAGAAAUAAAAUUCGAGCUGAUCACGAGAAGGCUCUAGAAGAAGCAAAAGAAAAAUUAAAAAAGUCAAGAGAGGAAAUCCGAGCAGAAAUACAGACAGAGAAAAAUAAGGUAGUCCAAGAAAUGAAGAUAAGAGAGAAAAAGCCACUGCCAGCAGUUCCUAUACCAAACCUUAUAGGAACACAUGGUGGAGACCCAGAAGAUAAUGACCUAAGAGAGAAAAGGGAAAAAAUUAAAGAGAUGAUGAAACAUGCCUGGGAUAAUUACAGGAUAUAUGGAUGGGGGCAUAAUGAACUCAGACCUAUUGCAAGGAAAGGACACUCCACUAAUAUAUUUGGAACUUCACAAAUGGGUGCUACUAUAGUAGAUGCUUUGGAUACCCUUUAUAUCAUGGGACUUCACGAUGAAUUCCGAGAUGGGCAAAAAUGGAUUGAAAACAACCUUGAUUUCAGUGUGAAUUCAGAAGUGUCUGUGUUUGAAGUCAACAUUCGAUUUAUUGGAGGCUUACUUGCAGCGUAUUACCUUUCAGGAGAGGAGAUAUUCAAGAUUAAAGCAGUCCAGUUGGCUGAGAAACUCCUUCCUGCCUUUAACACACCUACGGGAAUUCCUUGGGCAAUGGUGAAUCUGAAAAGUGGAGUAGGACGAAACUGGGGCUGGGCAUCUGCAGGAAGCAGCAUUCUUGCUGAAUUUGGCACACUACAUAUGGAGUUUGUCCACCUCAGCUACUUGACAGGAAACCCAAUUUACUACAAAAAGGUCAUGCACAUUCGGAAACUACUUCAGAAAAUGGAUCGUCCAAAUGGUCUUUAUCCAAAUUAUUUGAACCCAAGAACAGGUCGCUGGGGUCAAUAUCAUACAUCAGUUGGUGGGCUAGGAGACAGUUUUUAUGAGUACUUACUAAAAGCAUGGUUGAUGUCAGAUAAAACAGACCAUGAAGCCAGAAAAAUGUAUGAUGAUGCUGUUGAGGCUAUAGAAAAACAUCUUAUUAGGAAGUCUCGUGGAGGUCUUACCUUUAUUGGAGAAUGGAAGAAUGGGCACUUGGAAAAGAAGAUGGGGCAUUUGGCCUGCUUUGCUGGGGGAAUGUUUGUACUAGGAGCAGAUGGUUCCAGAAUGGAUAAAGCUGGACAUUAUUUAGAGCUAGGGGCGGAAAUUGCACGUACAUGUCAUGAGUCCUAUGACAGAACUGCAUUAAAGCUUGGCCCUGAAUCAUUCAAGUUUGAUGGUGCAGUAGAAGCUGUGGCAGUCCGGCAGGCUGAAAAGUAUUACAUCCUCCGUCCAGAAGUCAUUGAAACCUAUUGGUACCUCUGGCGAUUCACUCACGAUCCAAGAUACCGGGAGUGGGGCUGGGAAGCAGCACUGGCUAUUGAAAAGUAUUGCCGAGUCAGUGGCGGAUUUUCUGGGGUGAAGGAUGUGUACUCCUCUACUCCUACGCAUGAUGAUGUACAGCAGAGCUUCUUUCUUGCUGAAACAUUAAAAGUCCUGGAAUCUGGAGGCUAUACUUCUAAGAAUAAGCCAAGAAUGUGGAGCACCUUGCAGGAGUUGGAGAUGGCCUUUGGAACCAAUUACACAUUUGUUUCCUCCGUGGAGCAGCUCUCAAGUCACAAUAUUUACACAUUGUUUGUCCUCUUUUCCCCUCCAUUUUUAAUAAUGGAAUGGAUUAAAAUAAACAAGAGCAAAAGAACAAUAUAACUGCAUAGGCCACAGGAAGACUCGAAAAAGAAACAGAAUACCUAUCCCUCUCUGAAUUUUCAAGUUCCCAUUAGAUGCAGACUGGCAGCCAUUUCAAAUCACAAUCUAGUCCGUUAAAAUUUCUUGGUUAAAUUUGAUUUCUCUGGGGACAUGAUUCACAAAGAAUACUCUUCAAGUCUUUGUCUCCAUAUGGAAUCAUUGAAACUACUAUUUAUCAUCACCACUACUUAUGAGCCUGGGUUUGGAAUUCCGUGCAUGUUGUUCAGUCUCGUGUUGGUAGCAUGACAAAAAGUGGGGAAAAUGCUGCAGUUUGUUGCCUUGAAACCUGUUCUAAGAGAAAGCCUUGGUUUUGUUGGUAGGAGAUUAUUUUUUCAAACCAGCAAAUCUACCAAGUAAAUUUCGUUCACUUUGACCUUAGUAGACUCCCUCAAUUUUCAGCUCUUUGUGUGGCUUGGUAAAAUUCACUGCACUGUUAUGCAGCUCUGAAUUUACCUUGAUGAACCAGAUUACUUUCACAAUUUAUUAAAUCAAAAACAAAAUGUAGUGAAACUUCCUUAACUGUUUUUGGGAUAGGGGAUCCUUUAUUAUCCCAUCAGAUGAGUGAGCUUUUCAUAAACAUUUUAUGUAAAAAAUAAAUUCAACUUUUUUUCUCCAAGGAUAUUUAUAUAAAUCCAAAGAAUUAGAGUAGUUUCAAAAUAAUAUUUAGUAAUUAAAAUGUGGUAUAAUUUAAUUAUAUUAUACUAAAUUUGAAAUAAAUCUAUGGGGCUUUCUCUUACCAUCAAUAGAUUUUGCAAUAUUUCUUUAUAUAUUUGUGGGGGAAUAACUUAAAUUUUAUCAGGAACUAAAAGAUAAAUAAGGCUUAUAAAUUUUCUGCCCCUUAAAUUUAUGUCACAGUACAAGAUGCUUUUUCUUCCUUACACUUAAUGCAAACAGCUUCCAUUGGCAGUAAUAGUUGGGAGUAGUAGUAUUAGUCUAAUAUUUACUAUGAAUUUGAAGAUUUCAAAAAGCAAUGUGUAGGAAGCCCACUUUAGAGUUCUGAAGGUUUAUUGUCUUCUUUUGAUAGUUUUUUUUAAUUUUUUUAUUAGCAUGUGGUAGGUUUACAUUGGAAAAAGAUUUAGUAAAUUAAUAUGAUUAAAUAUUUUAAGGGUGUUCAUCUUAUACCACAAAUAGUCAAACAGUUCACAUAGUUCAGAAGAUGAUCCAUAAAUGAUAACCCCCUCAAGAUUUUCACUAUACAUAGAAAGUAAGGAUGUAGAGCCAGUUGCAUUAUUUAAAUCUUUAGGAAACUUAAAUUUUAGUACAUAUUUUGAAAUUGUAAUAUCUUGUACUAGUUGAGAAACUAAAAAUUUUAAAUGAAAAGGGUAGAUGACUAACUUUAGAAGAGAAAGGGAAAGUGUUUGGUUCUCAAAAAACAUUAGCUUUGCUCCUAAAAAUAGCACAAGCCCACUUAUGAGUCACUUAAAAAAAAUGAAUAACUUGACUUGGCAAAAGACCCAGAACAGCUUUGUAGAUGGCAGUGAACACUUCCUCACUUCGUUUAGAAGAAUGCAGAGUAAAGGAACCUUUUUGUUCCCCAGGAACUUCUCAAGGAGUGAGAAGACAAAACCCCCACACCAAGUGCUCUGUUUGUCUUUCUGGAGCUCAAGAGAAGACAGAGAGGUGUAUGAGCAUGGCUAGUUCUGGUACAAACAAAAACUCUUGAGAGGGACAAAGGAAGAGUCUUCAUCAUCUCCUUAUCUUCCUUGUGAUGGUGAGAAGACUAGAGCUUAUGACAUUGCUUCCUUUUUCUUUUUUUUCUUCUCUGAAUACCAAAGGCAAUUACAUUUAAGUCAGCUACGAGUUGCCAGUUUCAUGUUUUAUUUUUGUUAAGGAUUUAAAAUUUUCUUUUCUCCAAGAUCAAUCCUUAUCCUAUUAUUCCCAUAUUCUGCUAGUUUCUGAGAGUAUUCUUUACUUUUUUCUGUCCUUUACAGUCCUUUGCAUUUUGUAGACCUUAUGACUCAGGUUAAACAUUCGUUAUAUUUUUAAGACCUUCUGCAAAGAGCCUAGAAAUGCUCCUUUCCAGGUGCCUCCUCAAAAGCAGACACAUUACUUUGUGCCUUUGGCACAAAUGUGCAGAGUAGAUAGAUCAUUUGGUAUACAAGAGAAAAAAAUAGAUGUUAAACACCCCUCUACCUUCUAUAUUUAUUUUUUCUUUCUUUUAGAAUUUCAGAAUCACGUUUUUGGUUCAAACCAGUAUUAAGUUGUUAAAACCAAGAGAAUGUGGUCCCAACCAAAAAGAAGUCUCAGUGCAGAAAAAUAGGUACCCAGUCACAGGAUUCUUACUUUCUGGUGGGUUGCAGAGAUGUGCUGUCUUAUGUCUGAUACCAACUAUUCUUGUCUUUGAGUAAAUGUUUAUGUGUAAAAGCAAAACCUGGGUAUUGAAGGAAUAUAUUCCUGUUGUGGAAUAUUGACCCUGAUUCUCUGUGAUGUUCUCUAGGACAACCCAGGGCUUCAGUUGGUAGAUUUUAACCAAGCAGUUGGAAAUUUUGAUCAUUAACAUCUCCUCUCCCAUUCUCCAUUGCCAAAGUCUUUGUCAGAACUUCAAAUUUGUUGGUAAAAUUUGUUGUGCUUGGCCUUGGAGUUUCUCCUUAGGCGUGGAUUCCUUAUGAAUGAGUGAGUGAGUGAGUGAGUGAACAAGCACAGCAUACCUAAUGUGUGCCAAGCACUGUGCUCGGCACUUUCAAGUGUUAGAACACUUUGUGAUUCCAGUGGCAUUUUCUGUAUAAGAGUUGUUCAUACCAUUUUAAGUGUUUUUCAGUAUGAUUCAUGUUACAAAGUCCUUAAUUUUAUAUUUCCUUUAAAUUAAAGAAGAAAAGAAAUGGUUUAUAAUAUAUUUUAAACUGUGUUACUAUAUACUACUAACAGCUAUAAUUGUAGUUAAUAACUAAAGUCUCUUGAAAAAUGUCAAAAGAAAUACUUGAUUUCUGAUGCAACUUUGACUAAAAUAUCUACUUUAGAAAUAAAAACAUUCUUAUUUUGCUAUUAUCACUUUAAUUAGGUAAUUAAAAGUUAAUGUUUUAUAGAAAUGCUGGUUAUUUUAUAUUCAAAAAAUUUUGUCACAUAAUUAAAUGGGUAAAAUUUGCAGUUAGUUGUAAAUUGUUUACACUCUGCUGUGGUUCCUAGUAAUGGUCUCAUGCUGUUAAAUAUAAAAGAAGAAUAUACUGAAAUAUUUCUAAGUUCCUAAUAACAGUUCCUAGUAAUGGUAUUUUGAGUUCUUAUUUUUCUUUAGGUUUCCUUACACUCAGAUUGGCUAGCUCAUAUCUUAAUCCACUCUUUAUGUAGAUAUAUACAUAAAUACAAUGAUACACAGAAAGAUUUUUAGUAUUGUCUCUGUUAAUUAAUGAACACUGUUGUUAACUAGUUUUGGCUGCACAGAUUUUAAGCAGAAUAUUUGAGUAACCAAAUAUGAUCUGGAGAUAUUUUAAUGUACUUGGUUCCAGAACAUUGAUGAAGAUGAUUUUCUGUUCCUUCAGCUCAUUCAGGUCAUGUUGUCUGUGAUCUGUGGAUCAGCAUGCUUUCCUCCAGAGAGCCAGAUGGUGAAUAUUUCAGGCGUUGUGAGCCAUACAGUCUCUAUCUCUACUACUCAGUUCUGCUGUUGAGCCAUCAAAGCAAGUAUAGACAACAUGUAAAGGAAGGGGUGUUGGUGGCUGUUUUCCAAUAAAACUUUAUUUUCUGGAACAUGGAGGACUAGAUUUGGCCCAUGGAUCAUAGUUGUUACCCCUUGAUCUCAAUUUUAAUUUGUGUAAGACCCUAUAAUCUUUGAUAUUCAUAUUUUAUCUGUGUUUUGAAUACAUAAUUCAUUUUUAAAGCAAAAAAAAAGUCAUGUAUGUAUGAUCAUAUGUAUUUGUGUAACCUAAAGCUAUAUAUUUGUUGUCUUGAAAAUAGCUAUACUCCGGAGGCUGUUCAGGUUUCAGUAUGGUACAACUAUCUUGAAGGAGGCAUUUUGUUUGUUUGUGGGAUAUGCUGUCAGCCCUUACCCUUUCUUGUCAUUUAAUGCCACAAUUCCAGAGCCUCCAUGUAAAAGGAAGGGUCUCUCUGGUAUCAAAAUUAGUACAUUUGCUCCAGGUUCUGCCUGCUCAUUGACCUUUGGACCAGGACUCUGGAUGGCUGGAGCUGCAAAAAUUCCUCCACUUAAAUACUCUUAGGGCCCUAUGACAAGAAUGUGAAAUUAUAUUUCUGACCUUUGUGCUACAGAAGUCAAUCUCCUGAAAAAAUUUUAAGCAACAGAAAAUGGGUUAUGUGGCUCAGUUGCCAUGUGGCAACUACUCUUCCUUUUUAGACUGCAGAAAGGUACUGUUGCCCUUGUUGCCUCUGCAACAGCCUAAAUCUGAGGAAUGCAGAGAAAAAGAUGUGUCCAGAAGAAGAGUUCCCUUCCUCUUCUUGCACUUGGUCAAUCCUUUAUCAAGUCAAAAGUAUUUCAUAAUGUCAGUGUGCAUUAUAUUUAAAUUAAAGCAUCCUCAGCCUUUUAACUGUUUAACAACUAAUCCACUUUAACCUUUGAGCCCAGCAGAACUCAUGAAAUUACAUGAUACCACAUUGCUAGUACAUAUGUACAUUGCAGUGCACUGAGCUUCCUGAGGAUAGCUUUUUUCACAAAGAAGUUUACCAAAUAUUUCACUAAGUUUAGAAAUCCUAGAAGAGGGGAAGCCUGUACUCAGAAUGACAGGGGGGACACACACCAUAAAUGAAUUACCUUUCUAGGUCCAGCAUACAAUACAGAGGGCUUCGGCUCAGUGUGAAUCAGUGUGAAUGUAAGUGUGAGUACACAGACACAUACACCCACAUACAUACAUGUUAAUAUGCAGAAGAUUUUAAAUAAUUAAAAAUGUGUUGCAGCUAUUUGAAAACUACAGACUUCUACUCAAAUUAUAUACCAGAAAAAUCCAUGGAGAUAAGCUCACCUCUUGGGAAAAGUUAUUUUUUAAAAAAUUUAGAAAUUAGUUUUUGUUGGAUAGGUUGAAUAAAGCAUCCUCAGUUUUAAUACAGAUUCAGAAGUUGAAAUGCCAUUUCUCAAUCUUACUGGUCUCAAAUUCACUGGUAUAAUUUUUCCCUAAACUAAUAAGUGGGGCAAGUAUAACCUCCUAAAUCGGUACCCACCGGCCACUCCUGAACUGAUUUCCAGUUAUGUCCUCCAUACAUAAUUUUUAUAAAUUAAAGGUAAUAUUGUAUAUUAAAGAUUAAAUAAAGAUGUUCUUUAAGUGAAAA